AUGCCGGAUACUAAGUGCAGGCAGUGCGGAUUGGAUAUAGAGGACGUGAACCAAAAAUUAGAAGAUUUAAGGGCUUUGAGCGAACAGUCUUUGAAGGACAGUGUAACAUUAGAUAAGUACAAAGAGGAGCUGAGUAAGACAAAAAGUUUGUUGGAAAAAGAAAUGGCGUCAAAAAGCUACGUUGGAUCCAUCGAAGCCUUUGGAGAAGACGAUGAGUGGACGUUGUGGCAAGAGAGACUGGAACAAUCGGUGCCAUACGCGUUACGAAAGUUAGUAGAAGAAGAGUUGGACAGGUUAGUCAAAGAAAAAGUAGUUUUUCCAGUUGAAAGAAGCGAGUGGGCAACUCCGAUAGUGUCAUUAUUAAAAGAGGACGGCAAGGUUAGAAUCUGCGGAGAUUACAAAGUAACCCUAAAUUCUCACUUAAAAAUCGACCGUUAUCCUAUUCCUAGAGUGCGCGAUUUACUAGCCACGUUAGACAGUCAUAAUGUGCAAUCAAAAUUAGAUCUAAAGAAUGCUUACCAACAAAUAGAAUUAGACGAUUCGUCAAAAGCGAUGACUACCAUUUCAACUCACAAGGGGUUAUUCAGGUUUAACAGGCUAGCAUUUGGGGUGGCGUCGGCACCAGGUUGGUUCCAAAAGGAAAUGGAGGAACUUUUAGGGGACGUGGAGGGAGUAAACGUUUUUUUUGAUGACAUAAGGGUAGGAGGAAGAAAUCGGAAGGAGCAUGACAUGCGCUUAAUAAUAGUUUUAAGGAGGUUGCAAAAAGUAGGAUUAACAUUGAAGUUAGAGAAGUGUAAAUUUAAUCAGUCAAAGGUCAAGUUUUUAGGUCAUGACAUAGAUAAGAAUGGCAUUCAUGUAGUGAAAGAAAAGGUACAAGCUAUCUCACACAUGCCUAGACCACAAAACAUUAAGGAAUUUCAAAUUUUUCUUGAGAAAAAUAGGGAAUGGAAAUGGUCGAGCCAAUGUGAGGUAGCUUUUAUGAGGGCUAAGGAAAGUUUAACGUCACAUGAGGUAUUAACCCACUACAAUCCGGAGUACCCAAUCAAGGUGACAUGUGACGCAUCUUCAACAGGAAUUGGGGCAGUCUUAUCCCAUAUACUGCCUGACAAAUCAGUGAGGCCAGUGGCUUAUGUGUCGCGGACGUUGUCAAAGGCGGAAAGAAACUAUGCCCAAUUAGAUCGGGAGGCUCUGGCACUCGUCGCCGUGUUAAGCAAUGUGCGUAAAUAUGUAAAAUGGGGAUGGCCAAAUCAAGUUUCGAGCGAAUUAACGAAGUUCAAAAACAAAGAAUUAGAAUUAUCCAUCGAAAACGACUGCCUACUGUGGGGUCACAGAUUGAUCAUUCCAGAGAUCCUCCGACCAGUUAUCUUGUGGGAGCUUCAUAGUGGGCAUAUGGGAGUGGUAAAAAUGAAGGCCCUCGCUCGGUCAUAUGUGUGGUGGCCAGGACUAGAUGGGGAUGUGGAAAGGAUCGCAAAGAGUUGCGAAGCCUGUUUAAAAUACAAUGAUAGCCCUCCUCGAUCAAGUCUCCACGUGUGCGAUUGGCCUGACGUUCCGGGUAUGCGGAUACAUGCUGAUUUCUUAGGCCCCGUAGAAGGCAGAAUGUACCUUGUCAUUAUAGACGCUCAUUCCAAAUGGGUCGAUAUCAAACCGAUGAGAGAUAUUUCAUCAAAAUCGACCAUCGAGGCAUUUAAAGAAUAUUUUGCAGACUAG